AACAAGUAAAGAUUUCAUUUGGAGUCAGCAGUACCAUCGGGGGUUCGGCAGAUGCCAUUCCGUCUAUCCUGGUCCCAAAAUUAAGAAUCUAGGAGUAUACUAUGCGACAAUUACAGGGAAAGUUGAUUUGAAGAUAUAUUUGCACCACAGAGGACAGUUUCUGGAUCUGUCAGGACGGAUGGGAAUUACAAUCUAUACAAAUACUAGUAUUCAGAUGCAGGUGAGUUGGCUUCAUGUUGAGAUGUUAGACGAACAUACAAAAACAGUCCAGAAGGGAUUUAAAUGCAGUGGUAUUGUUGAGUAUGAUCAGUGUAUAUAUAACAUCCUAACCAAGAAAAUGAAAGAGGUGACCAGUACUGGCUGCACUGUACCCUAUGUUCCUGAAAAUACAAAUAUUUGCCGAAAAGAAUCGGACAGAGAUCUGGCGUUUCAAACACAUUAUGAUCGAAUCACAAACCAGGCUGGAGAUUGUCCUAAUCCAUGUGAAUUUCUUCUUCUAUCCCUUGGAGGACAAAACAGGGCUCUAACCUCUGAUAACAAGUCUCAGGUCUAUUUCUAUUUCCAAUCCCGAACUGUAGUGAAUGAGGAAAGUCUGCUGUAUACUCCAUUAUCCUUGUUUGCAGAGAUAGGAGCAACCCCUGUUUCAACUGCCCUGUAG